AUGUGCAAAGCAACACUCACACACUUCAGCUGUCUAUGCACAGCCCUCGUAGUUCACUCAUGCGCCCUUGGUUUUCCACUCGGUCGUAUGGUUUGCGGUCCGCCUAACCUAAUCAAGAAAGAUAUAUAUGUCUAUUCACACUGCGAUGAUUGUGUGGACGGCGCCCCUCUAAGAGAGGAGAAACGAGUCAGACUAGAAAAGAAGGCAAGUGAGAGAUGGAUGGAGAUUGUGGAAGAUGUGAUCGGCGAUGAUGAUGAGCAUGGUGAGGGGGUGGAGGAAAUCAGACUGGAAUGUGCGGAUGAGAGAGCCGGGGAUGAAGGAGAAGGCGAGGUUUACGAUGAGGGUAAAGAUCGUGAGAGAAGUUUGGAGGAGGAUUGGGAAAUCUUGAUGAAGAGACAGAAAACCAAGGAAGGACACCAGGAAGAAAACGAAGACGAAGAGGCGUGGUUCGCUGCUCAAGAAGCAAUUCAAUCUGAGCUCGAAAACUCCGAAGAUACCUCCGAUGAAGAUGAUGAUUUGGCGGCUGCUGCACAAUUACUAUCGGCGCUUCGACAGGAACUCGGGAAGGGUGAUAUAGUUUCGCAGGACGCAGAUUUUGACGAGAGUGAGGAGGACAAGGAAGAGGGAGAUGAAAAGGAAUAUAAAGGGCAUGUGCAGACGAUCAUGGAAAACUUGAGUAGGCUGAGAGAUAGGAGUGAAAGAGUGGAGGUUGAUUCUAUGGUUGCGGAGCAGGAAGAUUGGGGACUGUAG